AUGGGAAGCAGUAACAGCAAUAUGAUUAUUCCAAAGUUUGCCGCCUCUGUUUACAACUCCGAACCGUCUCUUGGUCAAGCCAUAGGAGAAGCUCUGUUCCUCCGCCUCAUUACAUCUCAUGAUCAGCUAUUCAUCACCUCAGAGCUCUGGUGCAGCGAUGGACACCCUCACCUUGUCCUCCCUGCCCGACAAACUACAUUGCAGAAGCUUGGAUUGGAGUAUGUUGAUCUUUAUCUCAUCCACUUUCCGGUGAGCUUGAAGCCAGAAGCCGCGCAUGAGCUGCCUUUCAAAGAGGAGAACCUUGUUCCCAUGGAUUUCAAGUGUGUUUGGGAAGCCAUGGAGGAGUGUCAUAAACUUGGCCUCACCAAAAAUAUAGGAGUCAGCAACUUCUCUUGUAAGAAGUUAGACCACUUACUUCUAACUUCAAGCAUCCAUCCCAUGGUCAAUCAAGUGUCAUGAUUAUGUUUAGGGUAAGAUAUGAAUCCACUUUGGCAGCAAAAUAAGCUGAGAGAGUAUUGUGAGAAAAAGGGAAUCCAUGUCACCGCUUAUUCACCUUUAGGGGCAAGAGGAACAUUAUGGGGAAGCAACCAAGUCUUGGACUGGGAAGUUCUGAAAGAGAUUGCCCAGGCUAGGGGAAAGACAGUUGCUCAGGUUUGUUUGAGAUGGGUUUACACGGCAUUAACUUUCUUGUUUUGA